AUGGCUAAUAAUUUGUCACUGUGGAGCAUCUUGGAUGCAAAUAAACUUACUGGCCCAAACUUCCUCGAUUGGUUUCGGAACCUCAAGAUUAUCUUGGAACAAGAAAAGAAAUCUUAUGUCCUUGACACUCCCAUUCCACCAGUCCCUAUUGCUGAUGCUAGUGGAGAGGAUAAGGAGGCAUAUCAACGUCAUAAGGAUGACAAUGAUCAAGCAGAGCUCCAAAAGCAACAUGAACACAUGGAUGUCCAAUCCAUGAUUCUUCACCUUAGAGAACUGUUCGAUAAAGAGGGGUACACUGAGAGAUAUGAGAUCUCUAAAGAACUAUUUCGAUGCAAGAUGGCAGAAGGCAGUUCUGUUAGACCCCAUGUGCUGAAGAUGAUUGGACUCAUCGAGAGACUUGGACAAUUGGGAUUAGUAAUGGAUCAUGAGCUAAGUAUAGACUUUGUUCUACAACCUCUUCUUGACAACUUUAGUCAGUUCGUGUUGAACUUCCAUAUGAAUCGAUUGUAA